UUGUCCUUCUUCUGUUCCGUUCCCCCAGAGAUCGAAAAAAUUCAGAGAGACGAAGGGAAGGAGGAGGAGAAGUUCAUCGAUGUCGUCAUCAACAAGAACAUGAAACUGGGCCAGAAAGUUUUGAUACCAGUCAAGCAGUUUCCUAAAUUUAACUUUGUGGGUAAACUCCUGGGGCCGCGCGGGAACUCGCUAAAGAGACUACAAGAGGACACCCUCACAAAGAUGUCGAUCCUUGGAAAAGGCUCCAUGAGAGACAAAGAGAAGGUUCCAAGCUCUGACUGCCACGUCCAGAGCUGUGCUCCGCCGUCCCGUUUCCAAGACCUGCACGUCCUGAUCGAGGUGUUCGCCCCGCCGGCCGAGGCCUACGCCAGGAUGGGCCACGCUUUGGAGGAGAUCAAGAAGUUCCUCAUCCCGGUACUUUCCCCCUCACGCUUACGGGCACACACCCACAUUUCCUCCCCCCACCCCCAUCCCGUCUCCUUUCCGCUGCUCUUCGGCCCCAACGGCGCUCCUCCUCGGAGCCACUGGAGGGAUUACAAUGAUGAGAUCCGACAGGCCCAGCUGCAGGAGCUCACCUACCUGAACGGCGGCUCGGAGGAGGCCAAGGUGCCGUCGGUCAGGGGCAAGUCAGCCGCCCGCGGGAGAGGGACACCUGUUCCAGGGCCGCCCAGGAGUCGGGGCGGAGUGCCCCCCCUGCACGCAGCGGUGCCGAGGGGGGCGGCCCCCAGAGGAGCCCCGCCCAGCAGGGCCCCCACCUCCAGAGGAAGAGGGGUCCAGAGAGCCCGAGGCGCCCCGCCGGCCGCCGGCUACAGGCCGGCCCCCCCCAUCGUCCAGGACACGUACGGCGAAUACGAAUAUGACGAUGGAUACGGAACGGCUUACGACGACCAGGGAUACGAAUCAUACGACAACAGCUACAGCAACCAAGGACAAAACUCAGAUGACUACUAUGAAUACGGACUCAGUGGGGAAUCUUACGACUCCUACGGUCAGGAGGAGUGGGCAAACAACCGUGGCAAGGCUCCUACAGCACGAACAACCAAGGGAGUGUUCAGAGAUCAGCCGUACUCCAGAUACUGA